UGGACAGUGGAAGAGCAGCAGAGCAGGGCGCUGGUGUGAACGAUCAUUAGAACAGCCUGGGAGACAGACUGAUUACCAUGACAGGCAGCAUCAAGGGACUGGAGAAGUUUGAAAGCCCGGGAAAAGGACGUGGUCUCCGGGUAACCAAAGCAUUUAAAGUCGGGGAGCUGCUCUUCUCCUGCCCUGCGUACUCCUCUGUGUUGGCAGUGGAGGAAAGAGGCAGCAUGUGCGAAUUCUGCUUCAACAGGAAACAAGGUCUGGCAAGGUGUGGCAAAUGCAAGAAAGCAUCCUACUGCAAUGCCAAAUGCCAGAAAGCAGACUGGCCCAUGCACAAGCUUGAAUGUUCCGCAAUGAUUGCUUUUGGAGAAAAAUGGUGUCCGUCUGAGAUUUGCAGGCUAGUAGCUAGGAUCCUCGCUAAAAAGAAGUCACAAAAAGAAAGAAGUUCAUCAGAGCAGAUGAUGCAAAUAGGAGAGAUGCAAUCACAUCUGGAAGAUAUGGACAACGAGAGGAGAGAGAUAAGUGAGUCAGACAUUGCACAACUCCAUCAGUUUUACUCAAAGCAUUUAGAUUUCCCAGACCACCAAGAGCUACUAAGUCUUUUCUCCCAGGUUGCUUGCAAUGGUUUCACAAUAGAGGACGAAGAACUGUCCCAUAUGGGAACUGCAGUCUACCCAGAUGUGGCCCUUAUAAACCACAGCUGUCUUCCCAACACUAUCAUCACUUUUAAUGGGACAUCAGCAGAACUCAGGGCUGUAAAAGACAUGAAACCUGGAGAUGAGGUCUUCAUCAGCUACAUAGACCUUUUGUAUCCAACAGACGACCGCAACAACAGGCUAAGGGAAUCCUAUUACUUUACCUGUGAAUGCCAGGAAUGUCAAAGCAGGUCACAAGACAAGGUGAAAUUAAAAAUCCGUAAGCGCAGUGAUCCCAUUGAAGAGGAGGUUGUGAACAACAUGGAACGCUACGCCAGAAAAGCAAUCAAAGAAUUCAGAGCUUCAAAACACUACAGAACCCCUAGUGAGCUGCUGGAGAUGUGUGAGCAGAGCCUGGAGAAGAUGGGCUCCAUUUUUGAGGACUCCAAUGUGUACAUGCUGCACAUGAUGUACCAGGCAAUGGGAGUAUGUCUUUACCUGCAAGACAUAGAUGAAGCGAUAAAAUAUGGAGAGAAGUUAAUCAAACCAUACAGUCAGCUCUACUCCCCCCUCUCCCUGAAUUUGUCCUCAAUCUACCUGAAGCUUGGCAGACUGUACAUGACAAUGGAUAGGCACUCAGCUGGGGUCACAAUGCUAAAAAAGGCAAUGUCUAUCAUGGAGGUUGCCCAUGGAAAAGACCAUGUUUACAUGUCAGAGCUGCGCAAAGAGAUGACACAAAAGUGAAGAAUCAAAAGCACAUUUCACCCCUAUGGACUGCAUUUACUCCAUAAACUGGAGUGUUACAGAACUAUAGGCACUUUCUGUUUAUAUUUGUAUUAAGAUAGAGAGAAAUAAUGUUUUUGUUUAUAUUUUGUGAAUACAAAUUAAAUUGACAUA